AUGGUUGGUAAGAGGCAGCUUCGUCACAGAGGUGAUUCAAGCGACACCAAAUCGGAUUGCCUCGAAAAUCGAAACAAGGACCAACCUCUGCCUUCGUCGAUGCAUGACGAUGAAGUCUCCGCUAUGGAGGCGAUGCUCAGGAGGGCAAAGCAGCAGAAGACAACGACGGCGAAGACACCGAUGUCUUCCUCUGUUUCGAAGAUGAUCUGGACUAGAAACGACGAGCUCAUCAUUCUCGCGAGUAUUGUGGACUAUGAGAAGGACACCAAAUUGAGCUACCAAUCUGAUUGGGAUGCUUUCUACGGAUAUAUAGGCUCCAUUGAAGCAGACUUCUCUAAACAGCAGCUCAAGGAUAAGAUCAGGAACCUGGUCAAGAGAUUUACUGAUAACCAGGCGAACUGGAAAAGGAAAAGACUUUCCUUUGCUAGUACUGAAGACGAUGAGAUCUUCAAAUUGUCAAUGAUCAUAUGGGGCAAAAACGAAACAGAGUAUGCUUCUAGUGAGAAUGUCAAUCAAGACAAGGUUCUUGAACACAAUAAGGAUGUGCCUUGUGCGGAGCAUGAACAUGAACAAGUUGAUGAGAAUAUGGACCAAGAAAAGAAGGAUGCAACUUCUGCGGAGCCUGAACGAGUUGAUGAAAAUAUGGACCAACAAAAGGAUCUUAAUGUGGCUUCCGUGGAGCAUGAGCGGGUUGAUGAGAAUAUGAACCAAGAAGAGGAGGAUGUGCCUUCUGCGGAGGAUGAAGGGGUUAAUGAGAAUGUGGACCAAGAAAAGGAUCAUGUGCGUGAGACGGAGCAAGAGCCGGUGAGUAACAUAAGUAUGGAGACUGGUAGAGGUGAGAAAGAGAAGAGUGAGGAAGAUGCUAUUCUGCAGGACGCACUUGAGGCGUGGACAGCGUUUCAAGGUUUUAGUAAAUCUCAACAGAAUUCGAUGCUUCAGAAUCUGAAAAACCUUGGAGAGCAGGAAAGAAGAGAGUUGUGUGAUGAAUGGAAGGCGUUGUUUUAUGAGGAGAUGAAACUGAAGAUCAAGAAACUGAAUUUCACUGCAAAGCUUGCAAACGCAGGAGUUUCUGAUUAG